AUGAGUGGAAAAGGCAAAACUAUAGUCCAAAACAUCACUGAAAUCUUCGAAAAAGAUGAUCUAGAUAUUCCCAUUACAAUCUUCAAAGUACCCAAAUCUCUGAAUCAAGCCAACCCGGAAGCUUAUGAACCAAAACUGGUUGGCUUAGGGGCCAUCCAUCACUUGAGGCCUAAGCUUCAACACAUGCAAAUGUACAAAGUCAUGGAGGCCAAAAAAAUCCACAAGGGAUUCCAAGGUAUCGCCUUCUCUGAUCUUAUUGAGAUUCUGAAAGACUUAGUAGUUUCCUCUGUACGAGCUUCUUAUAACAUGUACUUGGAGAUGGCAGACGAUGUUCUUACCUAUAUAAUGGCCCUAGAUGGUUUGUUUCUAUUCGAUAUACUUUGCUGUUAUGGAAUAGAAAAACAACAUUUGUUAAGCUCAAAGAUUUUGAAUCAAAUGGUGGGAUCUAAUGGGAAGAGAUUGACCCAAGAAACGAUACUCAGAGAAGCUAUGAUGCUCGAGAACCAGAUUCCAAUCCUUGUGCUGAGGACUAUCUUGAUCAUAGAAUCGCCAGAGUUUGAAAUGUUUAGUGAAUAUUUGCCAAAAAUCUUGGUGGGAUUUUGCCAAUAUGUCUCACCGUUUGAUUUAAUGACUGAUUAUUACCCACCUUACAAGACUUUAAACCAUGCUCAUUUGUUGGAUCUUCUGUAUCAUUUGAUCAUCGUGCCCAAUGAUUCUCUUGGAAAUAAUAUUGAACAACACAACACGUGA